AUGUCUGCACUCCGAAGGAAAUUUGGGGACGAUUACCAGGUAGUGACCACCUCGUCCAGCGGGUCGGGCUUGCAGCCCCAGGGGCCGGGCCAGGGCCCGCAGCAGCAGCUUGUGCCCAAGAAGAAGCGGCAGCGGUUCGUGGACAAGAACGGCCGGUGCAAUGUGCAGCACGGCAACCUGGGCAGCGAGACGAGCCGCUACCUCUCGGACCUCUUCACCACCCUGGUGGACCUCAAGUGGCGCUGGAACCUCUUCAUCUUCAUCCUCACCUACACCGUGGCCUGGCUCUUCAUGGCGUCCAUGUGGUGGGUGAUCGCCUACACUCGGGGCGACCUGAACAAAGCCCACGUCGGCAACUACACGCCCUGCGUGGCCAAUGUCUACAACUUCCCCUCCGCCUUCCUCUUCUUCAUCGAGACCGAGGCUACCAUCGGCUAUGGCUACCGCUACAUCACCGACAAGUGCCCCGAGGGCAUCAUCCUCUUCCUCUUCCAGUCCAUUCUGGGCUCCAUCGUGGACGCCUUUCUCAUCGGCUGCAUGUUCAUCAAGAUGUCCCAGCCCAAGAAGCGCGCGGAGACCCUGAUGUUUAGCGAGCACGCGGUGAUCUCCAUGAGGGACGGAAAACUCACGCUCAUGUUCCGGGUGGGCAACCUGCGCAACAGCCACAUGGUCUCCGCGCAGAUCCGCUGUAAGCUGCUCAAAUCUCGGCAGACACCUGAGGGUGAGUUCCUUCCCCUUGACCAACUUGAACUGGAUGUAGGUUUUAGUACAGGGGCAGAUCAACUUUUUCUUGUUUCCCCCCUCACAAUUUGCCACGUGAUCGAUGCCAAAAGCCCCUUUUAUGACCUAUCCCAGCGAAGCAUGCAAAGUGAACAGUUCGAGAUUGUCGUCAUCCUAGAAGGCAUUGUGGAAACAACUGGGAUGACUUGUCAAGCUCGAACAUCUUACACUGAAGAUGAAGUUCUUUGGGGCCAUCGUUUUUUUCCCGUGAUUUCCUUAGAAGAAGGGUUCUUUAAAGUUGAUUACUCCCAGUUUCACGCAACAUUUGAAGUCCCCACGCCACCUUAUAGCGUGAAAGAACAGGAGGAAAUGCUGCUUAUGUCGUCCCCUUUGAUAGCACCAGCCAUUACUAACAGCAAAGAAAGACACAAUUCUGUGGAAUGCUUAGAUGGACUCGACGACAUGACUACAAAGCUUCCGUCUAAGCUGCAGAAAAUUACUGGAAGAGAAGACUUUCCCAAAAAACUCUUGAGGAUGAGUUCUACAACUUCAGAAAAAGCCUACAGCUUGGGAGAUUUGCCCAUGAAACUUCAACGAAUAAGUUCAGUUCCUGGCAACUCAGAAGAAAAACUGGUAUCUAAAACCACCAAGAUGUUGUCUGAUCCCAUGAGCCAGUCAGUGGCUGAUUUGCCACCAAAGCUUCAAAAAAUGGCGGGAGGAGCAGCCAGGAUGGAAGGGAAUCUCCCAGCCAAAUUAAGAAAAAUGAACUCUGAUCGAUUCACAUAA